AUGACUUACACUCAAACCGAAGCCCCUAGGCAGGCAGUCAAGCUUGCCAAAGUCGUGGUCAACAGCCACGCGACUUACAGACUCGCUGCACAACCAGCACUGACACGAAGACUGGGCUGCACCAGCCGGGCCACAGCUCCUUCAUACCAUCUCUACAGCCAGACAAUUCGAGCGUUCUCGACGACGCCAGUCUCCCAAUUAAAGGACAUCUUCCCCGCCAAAGACACCGCUCACAUCAAGACCACGCCGGCAGCAUGGCCUCACCCCGGCUACUCAAUGGAAGAGCUCCGUCAAGUAGUGCCGGAACAUCGCCCGCCUCGAGGAUUUGGUGAUUGGGCUGCGUGGAAGAUUGUGCGGUUUGCGAGAUAUUUCAUGGACAAGGCUACGGGCAUGGAUAGAAAGCAGCAGGUCGAUAAGAAGCACCCAACGACGGCGGUCGAGGCCGAAAAGCCACUAACAGAGGCUCAAUGGCUUGUCAGAUUCGUUUUCCUUGAAAGCAUUGCUGGAGUUCCAGGCAUGGUGGGUGGCAUGCUUCGCCACCUGAGGAGUCUCCGCGGCAUGAAGCGCGAUAAUGGCUGGAUUGAGACGCUCUUGGAAGAAAGCUACAACGAACGAAUGCAUCUCUUGACAUUCAUGACCAUGUGCGAGCCCGGACUCUUCAUGAAGCUCAUGAUCAUCGGAGCCCAGGGUGUAUUCUUCAACAGUCUUUUUGUUGCCUAUCUUCUACACCCCAAGAUUGUGCAUCGAUUUGUUGGAUACUUGGAGGAAGAAGCAGUCCACACUUAUACGCGGGCUAUUCAUGAAAUCGAAGAGGGCCACUUGCCUCGGUGGACGGACCCGAAGUUUCGAAUUCCUGAUAUUGCAGUUCAAUACUGGCACAUGCCUGAAGGUCACCGCACUAUGAAGGAUCUAAUCCUGUAUAUUCGAGCCGACGAGGCAGGCCACAGAGGUGUCAACCACACCUUGGGUAACCUCAACCAGGCUGAGGAUCCUAACCCUUUUGUCAGCAAAUUCAAAGACAGGGAGGUUCCCAAGCCUGCACUCAAGCCUCAAGGCUAUGAGCGUGCGGAUGUGAUUUAA